AUGAUAUCUUCCAUCUUUGUGUCCAUUGCGCUUUCUCUUCUCUCUCCGAUCUUGUUCUCGGUUUUCAAGAUCCUGUAUCGCAACUGGACCUCUUCUCUGCACUUCAUCGACGGCCCGACCUGUGCGAAUCCCAUCCUCGGACACUCAAAAUUGAUCGCGGAUGUUCCCAGUAUCACCAAUAAAUGGCGGGAGGAGUUCGGUGCCACAUUCAUGGCCAAAGGAUUUUUCAGCAAUCCCGCGUUCGGUGUUGCACAAAUCAGAAUCAUGAACGAGGUCUUCAUGGAGAAAGGAAACAUGCUGCGAGACCUGUUGGUAGAGGAGGUUAGACAAGGGAGCGGAAAGGCGGUCGUAGAUCUUUCCGGUUGGCUCAGACAGGUCUCUCUGGAUAUCAUUGGACAAGCCGGGUUCGGAUAUCAAUUCAAUUCCCUGCAGUCCCGCGGAAAAGACGAGGCGGAGCUGAGCACCGUCUUUCGCGCGUUAUUUCACUCCCCCAACGCCAAUGUGUACCAAGCCGUGCAGGUCGCACAGGCAGUUUUUCCGAUACUGCAAUACGUCCCGCUCCCGGGCUGGCAGAUCAUCCGCGCGACUCAGAGCAAACUGCGCGCAAUCGGCAAGCAGCUGUUGGACAAAUCGAAACGCGAAUCCGCCGCUGCCGCUGGCGAGAAGGACUUCGGGAAGGGCAAGGAUCUACUGGCUCUUCUCGUGAAGGCGAACAUGUCAAGAGAUAUCCCUGCCAGUCAGAAACUGAGCGACGAGGAAGUGAUAUCCCAAAUUCCAACGUUCUUCUUUGCGGGACAUGAGACCACCAGCACCGCGCUGUCCUGGGCAGUGCACGCUCUGUCAAAGCACCCGGACGUUCAGGAAAAGCUCCGUCAAGAGCUGUUCUCGCUCCCGACCGACCAUCCAUCUAUGGAUGAACUCAAUUCACUCCCGUUCCUCGAGAAAUUCAUCAGAGAAUCCAUGAGAUUGUAUGCCCCAGUGGUCUUCAUUCAAAGAAUGGCAAGCCAGGAUGAUGUAUUGCCUCUUGCCAAGCCAUAUGUCGAUCGUCAAGGCGUGUCGCAUGAUACUCUCCCCAUCCGCAAAGGCCAAGUCGUCACUAUCCCGAUUGCUGCUAUCAACACAGACAAGGAAACUUGGGGGGAAGAUGCCCUCGAGUUCAAACCUGACCGGUGGGAUAAUCUGCCCGAAGCAGUGAAUUCGGUCCCAGGUGUUUGGGCAAACCAGAUGACAUUCUUUGCUGGUUCGCACCACUGCAUUGGCUUCCGCUUCAGUCUCAUUGAACAAAAGGCUAUCCUCUUCGCACUUCUUUGUGCAUUACAGUUCUCUCCUGGGGCAGAAAGCAUUGGGCCUGUCAUGAGUAAUGUGAUCCAGCGGCCUGAAUCAUUUGCACUGAGAAAGGAUGGCUUGAUGUCUUCUGGGAAAUUCUCAAUCAUGCUUGAGCAGUACACAAGUGAAUGA